AAAUAAGACAAAAUGGCUAUUUGACCAUCGCUCGCCUCUCUGUUCGUGCCCUGUCACUAAUAUUAGUUGUAACAUGGUGUUGUAAAACUAUAGAAAUUGGAAACUAGAGGUUCACUGGUCAGGAUCGUUCCACCGAACAUAAAACAAGAAAAUGAGCGAUGAUAUUUUUUCCAAUGAGAGACAACAUCUUUUAGAUAGAUUACUAGAUGCUGUUAAGCAAUGCCAAGUUCGAUUUGGUGGACGUACUGAGUUAGCAACUGAUAGCGACAGUAGAGUCUCGUGUCUGUGUGCGCAGUUUGAAACAGUAUUUCAACAUGGGAUGAAAAAAAUUAACAAACCGUUCUCAGUUUUCAAACAAGUAACCGGAAUUACACUGCCAGAUAUCCCCGCUAUCAAACCAGAAAAUGAACAAGAUUUCUGGCUUCUAAUAAAAGAACAUCUCAAUAAACAUGAACUUGAAAGAUACAUGACUCUAAAAGAAAUCAAUACAGAUACAGGCCGUGGUAGAGCAUGGUUGCGCUCAGCGCUCAAUGAACAUUCGCUAGAGAGAUACAUACAUAUGAUAUUAGCAGAUAGAACAAUUAUUAAACAGUAUUAUGAAGACUGGUCAUUUCUUUGGGACGAUGAAAGGUCUAGUAUGUUACCGAUGAUGGCUGCUGGACUUGGUUCUAUUCUCUUUGCUAUUAACAUAGAUAACGAAGAACUUAAUGGUGGUAGGCAGUCGUCUUCUGCACACGGUUCACCAUCACAUCAGAGUCGUUAUGCGAGUCGUGUCAUGGAUGAACCACAACCAGUCUAUCCCGGGGAUGUGUUAAUUAAUGAGGCUUCAAAAGAGAAAAAAAGAGAAAAGAAGAAAAAGAAAAAGAAGGGGUCGAUUUCAAUCGUGUCAUUUGAUGGCAGUACAUCACGAUCAUAUGGUAAUUCCUACUCGGUAUCUUUGGGUUCAGAUACCGGAUCUGUUGAUGACAAAACUAGGAACAUUGAUGAAGGUAUUAGCACUGUGAUUGCUGCUACACAUUCAACUACACAAGGUUUUGAUGUGACUAAUACUCAAACUACACAACUACCAUUUGCAAGAACGAACAGUGAUUGUGCGAUUCGAGAGAUGUCAACUUCAUAUCAAACUAAAACUCCUCCUCCGACACCAUGUGACCCAUCGAUUCUAUCACAGGUCAGCAGUUCCGAGAAUUUAUCAAAAAUGGUCUAUGUGAGUGAGAGAUUGGCUGCACAACUUGAAAGUGACGUGAAUUCCCGAAAUAACCAUGUUACUACAUCACAUAUCACAACAAGUCUGUCAUCAGAGCUUGCAAAAGCACAUAUUGGUAAUCAAGAAGGUGAUGAUGCCAGUUCCGGUCAAUCUGGCGAUUUAUCUGGUGAGGUUUCCAGAACUGGUUCAUCAGCUGUGUUACAUACUAUCGAUGAUGACAACAAUGCUGAUCUAUAUCCUAUAUCACAAGAUUUAGAUGACACCCAGUCUAAUGAUUCCAGUAUGUUACAAUUUGGUACGGAAACUGAAAAUGCUGCCAUGGGACUAGCUUUAGCUGUGAAAAGUCUUGCUGCUAGUGAGGUUCAGCGGGAAACUCGAACCCAAGGUGAUGGCAGUGUGAGUUAUUUAUCCAAUUUGCCAAGUCCAAAAUAUGAAACUAUGUCAACAGGUGAAUUAAAACAGGCUAUUGUUGCAAUGAUGGUGCGGAAAGAUGAGGUUGAAGAACAAAACAAGUCAUUGAGGUCGUUACUAGACAGUGAAAUGGAACAUUCAGCUGCACUUAGGCUACAAAUGGAAGAACUAAAACAAGAACAAACAGUUAGCACUGAUAAACUAAAUAAUAAACUACAGGCUUUGAUUAGAGAAAAUGAACUUUUAAAACACCAAUUAAAGAAGUAUGUUGGUGCUGUUCAAAUGUUACGAAGAGAAGGCUCUACUGCAAUUGAAGGUUUACCAGGAAUCCGGCAUGAAGAACCACAACCUGUGAUCCCAGAAAAAAGAUCCCCAGUCAUUGAUUACAGUGAAGAAGCCCAGCAGUAUGAACUUAAAUUAAUUCAAGUUGCUGAGAUGCAUGGUGAGUUAAUGGAGUUCAAUGAUAGACUACACAGACAGCUCAUUGCCAAAGAAUUACUUGUGCAGAAGAUGAAAGGUGAAUUAGUAGAUCUGAGGGGACCGCUUCCUGAAGAUGAACUGAACAUGGAGAAUACAAACACUGCUGAUCCUGACAGUGGUUCCUUAUCACCAGAUUCUAGAGCAUUAGUCAACCUCUGGAUUCCGUCUGCAUUUUUGAAGGGUAAAGGAAAAGACUCGUACCAUGUUUACCAGAUUUACGUUAGAAUCAAAGACGAAGAGUGGAAUAUUUACAGACGAUAUUCUCAAUUUUACGAUUUACACCAAAAAAUGCGAAAAAUGAAUCCCAUGUUAAACACUUUUGACUUCCCUCCAAAAAAAACACUGGGACACAAGGACGUGAAAUUUGUGGAAGAUAGAAGGAAGCGUUUACAGCACUACUUACGAUGCGUACUCAACUUAUGGCUACAAAACAAUCCACAGUUAUCAAGUGCCCCAUGUAAAGAAACACUAGUCACUUUGAUACCAUUUUUCAGGGAACAGCCCAUCAAGCAAGAAAUAAAGAAACCAUCAAAGAAAUUUAGAAGACUAAGUAAAAAUUCGGCAGCCUUGCCACCUCCAACACAAGGGCAAGAAACACAGCAAACACAAUAUACUGGGCUAUGACAGUAAUUAUGUACAAAAAUCGAAAUAAAAAAUUGCCCAACAUA